CUCCGGCUGGGACUCUGUGUUUUACUGACAAUUUCUUUAAAACUACCAUCACCAACCAACCAACCAACCAACCAACCAACCACCCUCCCACCCAUCCACCACCUAAGAACAACAUCAUUAUAAGCAUCACCAUCAUCAACAACAAGAGCAAAAAGUACCAUUCUAUUCACUGCCAUAAAACACCAUCCUUCUGUUUCUCCUUUAACAACCCCCACCACCAACCCAUAACCCACCCAGUCAGCCAAAUCAGACAUUUGAAAAGACCUCCUCUCACCCCCCACCUCGCUACUCUUCCUCUUCCCCAUUUACCUCCCCCUUCGUCCACUGGUGACACCUCAGACAAAAUACUACUUCAGCAACAACAACAGCAACAAUUACUGCCUACUAAUUAAUAUUCCACCCCCACACCCCCACGUGUUACUUAUAAAAUAUUCUCCAUUUCAAACCCUCUACCUUACAAUUUCAGUUGUUUUUACUAACAAAAACCAAAUAUUGAUACUACUACUACUACUACUAACUGCAUUAUUACUACCUGCCGAUAAAAAACAUUUACUAAAACAAACAGCAAUAGCAUGGAAAAGCCAAGAUCACCUCAGCAAAGUUUUGCUGAUGCAGGUGACCAUUUUGAUGACAGGAAAAAAAUAGCAAAGAAUGGAUUUCGUUCCGGAAAAAUCAGUCCAACCAACAGUGCCCAUGGUAGUCUUACCAGACACAGCAUUCGGAAGCUAGCAGACUCUGGCAAAGCCCGAAAAGUAAGAUUCUAUAGAAAUGGUGACCGAUUCUACAAAGGUUACGUCAUGGCCAUCAACUGUGAAAAAUUUAGAAGUUUCAAUUCUCUCCUAGAAGAGUUAACAUACAGUCCACUUUGUGAUACCAAUAUCCUUACUAAAGGUGUCAGAUACAUAUUUGCGUUGGAUGGCUCAAUGAUAACGACACUGGAACAACUCAUGGAAGAUGAACAUUAUGUAUGUUCGAGCUUCGACGUUUUUAGGAACAUUGAUUACAAAGGUAUCAUCAAUCUUUGUUGGAAUCCAAAUGUAAAAGGUCCUCUUGGCGGAGAAUACGUGAGUAAUCAGGCACCGUCAUGUGGCAUUGAAGACAGUAGAGAGUUUGUCAAACCAAAACUAGUGACUAUUAUUCGCAACGGAUGCAAGCCACGGAAAGCUGUGAGAGUUUUGCUUAACAGGAAAACAGCACAUUCCUUUCAACAGGUCUUAAGUGACAUAACCAAUGCUAUUCAUCUAGACAGUGGCUCUGUCAGGAAAAUUUUCACAUUAGAUGGUAGACAGGUAAAUACAUUGGCUGAUUUCUUCUUAGAUGAUACCGUCUUCAUUGCUUACGGGUCAGAGAAAUAUUCACGUGAUGAUUUUGAUCUGGAUGAAGGAGAAAAGAAAAUAGUCAGUCAAAAGACAUUUGAUUCUUUGAUGUUGAAGAAAUUAUCAAUAAAAUGUAAUUCUGAAGAAGCAGCAAACAAUUUUCGGUCACCCUCCAACAGUCGAAACACAUCCCGAACUGCAUCUCCAAGACCAAGGAGAAAAGCCUUGUCUGAAAGUGACAAGACAUGUCUAAAUGGCCAAUCAGAAGAAACAAUACAAAAUUAUCCAUUAGCUUUAACCAAUAAAUAUGGAAUCCGGCGUCUCAUCGGUGAAGGAAACUUUGCAGUUGUUCGUGAAUGUUGGUCCAGAUCAACAAAUACAAGAUAUGCCCUGAAAAUAAUUGACAAGACAAAGUGUUUAGGAAAUGUUCAAAUGAUUGAAAAUGAAGUCUCCAUUCUAAGAAAAGCAAAACAUCCAAACAUCAUCCGUCUUAUUGAAGAAUUUGAUUCACCUGAUCAACUAUUUCUCGUCAUGGAAUUGGUAAAAGGAGGGGACCUGUUUGAAUUAAUAACUACUGCAACAAAAUACACCGAGAGAACUGCUAGCAGAAUGACACACAACCUCCUCAGUGCACUAGCUUACCUGCAUGCAGCUGGAAUUGUCCACAGAGAUGUAAAACCAGAGAAUCUAUUGGUCUGCGAGAUGAAUGAUGGAACAAAAGCACUGAAACUUGGAGAUUUCGGAUUAGCAACCGAUGCAAAACAACCAUUGUUUGUUGUUUGUGGAACACCAACUUAUGUGGCUCCGGACAUUCUGUCAGAAAAAGGGUACGGCCUAAAGGUGGAUGUGUGGGCUGCAGGUGUAAUCACAUACAUUUUACUUUGUGGAUUUCCUCCAUUUGUCAGUCCAAGCAACAACCAAGAAGAAUUAUUUGACAAGAUCCUAAGUGGAAAAUUUGAAUUCAUUUCACCAUUCUGGGAUGAAGUUUCAAGUUCAGCCAAGGACUUGAUUGAACACAUGCUGCAGGUGGAUCCAGAAAUGAGGUACUCUGCUGCUGAGGUUCUGGACCAUCCUUGGGUUGCUAAUGAUACUGCAAAAGAUGACAAGUUACAUGUGGCCAGGGAACUGAACCAAUAUUUCACACGUACCAAAAAACCAAAAGGUGGCCUGGCAGUUAUUGCAUCGACUGCUCUUGAUAAAGGAUCAAAGUUCUUCCGGGGCCGCGGAGCCUUUACUGUGCACCCUAAACAGGAUGAAGUCUUUUAGUUCCACCGACGUUUAUUACACAUCUACUUUUAUUGAUUUUAAUUUUAAUGCAUCUACAACAACAACAACAACAAAAAAACACAAAGAUAUUAAAAUUCUUGACAAUGAUGACAACAACAACAACAACAACAACAACUACAAUAACAAGUAAUGCGACAGCAACAGCAGCUAUUGCUGUGAUAAUAGCAACAAACAACAACAAACAAAAACAGCAACAACAGUAACAACAACAAUAACAGCAGCAACAAACAACAACAACAAACAAAAACAAAUGCAGCAACAACAACAAUGACAACAACAAUAAUAAUUACAAUAUUCAUGAUGAAAAGUGACAACACAAGAGAGAAUGGAAAAGCAUUGAAUUUUUUUCUUCUUUUAAAUAUAUUUUUUACUUCCAAUCAUCACCUUGUGUUCAAAACACCCAUGUUUGGCAGCUGGGUUCUGGAAGCUGGCCCUUGCUUAACCGCUGUUUGUGUACAUUAGGAAUGCAGAAAAAACAUCUUCCUCGGAUUAUUACUUGUUCCAAUCCAUGGCUCAUUUCCUGUGCUUACAACACUUCAUCGACCAAGAAGAGGUGGAAGCUUCAGUGAAGGAAUUCUUCCAUUCAAAAAACAAGAACCGGUAUCAGCUUGGGAUCAAAGAACUGGUAGAAAGGUGGCUUCAGACAGCACAGCAUGAUGGCCUCUACUUUGAAUGUUAGGAUGAUUUUGUUGUAACUUGAGGAAUGAGGCAAAUAAGUUGCCGAAGUAUUGUUAAACUUUGGACUCAAUACAAUAUCGUAAUCUUUCAGCUCCUUGCAUAAAAAUGCCCCCCCCCCAUCAUGGCUUUAAGUUCUGCAAGUUGCAUGCUGACCUUGUUGGUGCUGGUGCCACGUAAAAGAGGUAUUUAGAACACUCUGUGAAGUGGUUGGCAUUAGGAAGGGCAUCCAGCCAUAGAAACCAUGCCAAAACAGACAGAAAAACUUAGCACAAUCCUUGAACCAACUGGACCCUUUCAAACUUGUAAUACAUGCCCAGUGGGGAGCGUGAAUGCUAAAUGACUACUACUACUACUACUACUACUAUUACUACUACUACUAAACAACAUAUGCAGUAAUGGAAACAACCACCACUUAAACAACUGGCAAUCCAUUGGCAAGGGUCCCAGUUGAUUCAAUCAAUGCGGAAGCCUGCAUGUGGAAUUAACGUACAGGGAGAUUCAGCGUGACACAGAGUGUGACAAGGCUGGUCCCUUUUGAAAUGCAGAUACAAACUCAUUUUUGCCAGCUGAAUGGACUCGAGCAAUGUGAAAUAAAGUGUCUUGCUCAAGGACACAAUGCCCUGCCAGGAAGUAAACUCAUGACAUUAUGAUUGUGAGCUGAAUACUAUAACCACCAGGCCACAUGCAUUCACAGUAAAGAAUUGGUACUCUGUCAGUUAUGAUGACAAAGAUGGUUCCAGUGGAUCUGAACAAUGGAACAUCCUCCUGCCCAUGUGGAAUUUAAAGUGGUCAAGUACUCCACAGACAUGUGUUACCUUAACAUAGUUUCCAGGGAGAUUCAGCAUGACACAGAGUGUGACAAGGCUGACCCCUUUUUCAAAUACAGGUACAACUUGUUUUUUGCCAGCUGAAUGGACUGGAGCAACGUGGAAAUGAAGUGUCUUGCUCAAGGACACAACAAGCUGCCAGGAUAUAAGAACUCACGACCUUACAUGAUCAUGAGCCGAAUAACCUUAACCAUUAAGCCAUGCGCCUUCACUGAAGCAACAACAACAACAACCAGUUCAACAACCAAACCAACACUACUACCAUCACAACUGCAAGCACCAAAACCACCAUCACCACCACCACCACCACUACCACCACCACCACUACCAACACCACCACCACCAUUACUACUACUACCACCACCAUCACCACCACCACCACCACCACCACCACCACCACCACCACCACCACCACUACUACUACUACCACCACCACCACCACCACCACUACUACUAUUACUACAACUACUACUACUACAGUAUCAACAAAACAAGGGGACCUGUAUGUUGCAAGAGACACACUCAAUAAUGUGGGUUUUGUUUCUCUCUAAAUAUGAAGUAAGAUGGGAUGGUCAUGGCUGAAAUACUUUUGAUCAUACAGUUACUCAACGGGGGCUGCUGUGGUGGGGGUGGAACAUUAAACAACAUCACCAACUACAACCACUACCGACAACACUACUACUACUACUACUACUACUACUACUAGUUACAGCAACAUCAGAAGCCCUAGGAACAACUACCACUAGGACAAUACCACUGACAGAACAGUACAACAACCAAUACAACAACAACAACAAACACUAACAAGAUUCCCGAAUUUACUGAUUUAUUUUAUUGUUAAUUAAAAUGGAUUUUUUUCUAAUUCAAUAAAACAAU